AGAUAUGCCCUGAAGUAGUUACAGUGUUAAGUACUAACAAAACCUCUCUUGGAAUCAAAGUUUCUCUCUCCCAUCUUUGCUUUGCUUUUGCGUGUACAGUUGAAGUGAUUUUGCUUUCCUAGGUUGUUGCCAAAUCUUGAAUUUAUGCUUAAACUUAGUAAGUACUAGAGUUAGAGGAGUAGGGAUAGUUUUCUUGUUUUCAAGAUAAACGAAGCUUUCACUUCAUCACUACCACAUUGCAAUCAAAGACUUGAACUCUCUUGUGGUUUCUUUAUAAAAACCCACUUCGCCAAUCAACCUGGUUCCUUUUCCCUUCUAUUGCUCUCUCUUUGGUUAUUGGGUUCAUGUUUUGGAUCUUUUUAGUUUUCUUGAAACAAAGAGAGAGGAGUAGAGAUUUCUUGCAGGGUAAAAAUGAGAUCCUAUGCUUCGCUUCAGCUUCUUUCUGUUUUUUCUCUUCUUCUUUUUGUGACUUGUGACCCCUUUGCCAGAGAUGAAGUUUGGGCACUUACAGCAUUCAAGGAAGCUAUAUAUGAAGACCCGCAUAUGGUUUUGUCCAGUUGGAAUGCCUUAGAUGCAGAUCCUUGUGGUUGGUCAGGCAUUUCCUGCUCUUUUGGUGGAGACCAUGUUGUAAAGAUAAACAUAACUGGGUACUCUUUAAGGGGAUUUCUUGCCCCGGAAUUGGGUCAGAUCAAAUUUUUGCAACAACUAAUCUUGCACGGUAAUAAUCUGAUUGGGAUUAUACCAAAAGAACUGGGAAUGUUGAAAUACCUCCAGGUCUUGGAUUUGGGAGCAAAUCAAUUAACGGGCCCUAUUCCUCCAGAGAUUGCAAAUCUAAUCAGUGUCAUUAAAAUAAACCUUCAGUCCAAUGGAUUAACAGGAAGCUUGCCUCCUGAACUUGGCAAUUUGAAGUCCCUUCAAGAACUACGGCUUGAUAGGAAUAGACUUCAAGGAUCUGUUCCUGCUAGUAGCAGCUCAGAUUUCACUUCUAGUGCGUAUGGAAUGUAUGCCUCAAACACAAACUUAACUGGCCUGUGUCAAGCAUCUGAAUUAAAAGUGGCUGAUUUCUCCUACAACUUCUUUACUGGGAGCAUUCCUAAGUGCUUGGGGUAUCUUCCGAGCACAAGCUUCCAAGGGAACUGCCUUCAGAACAAAGAUCUGAGACAGCGUUCCUCUUCUCUUUGUGAUCAUGCUCCUCCUGCCAGAACCCCUCAAACAACAAACCCCAAGCAACAGCCUGCUGAAGAUUUAUCCAACCAGCAUCCUAGGGCAUCAAAACCUGCCUGGCUUUUGGCUCUGGAAAUAGUGACAGGAACCAUGGUGGGCUGUCUCUUUCUUAUCGCCUUUAUAACUGCUCUUCAGAGAUGCAAGGACAAAUCUUCUCUCAUAAUCCCUUGGAAGAAAUCAUCGAGUCAGAAGGACCAUGUGACAGUAUACAUAGAUUCUGAGAUGUUAAAAGAUGUAGUGAGAUUCAGUAGGAUGGAGCUUGAAGUAGCCUGUGAAGACUUCAGUAACAUUAUUGGCUCUUCUCCAGACAGUUUGGUUUACAAGGGCACUGUGAAAGGUGGCCCUGAGAUUGCUGUCAUAUCCCUCUGCAUCAAAGAAGAACACUGGACAGGCUAUCUUGAACUCUAUUUUCAGAGAGAGGUGGCAGAUUUGGCAAGAUUAAAUAAUGAGAAUGCAGGAAAGUUGCUGGGCUAUUGUAGUGAGAGCACUCCAUUUACGAGGAUGUUAGUUUUCGAAUAUGCAUCAAAUGGAACCCUGUAUGAGCACCUUCACUAUGGAGAAGGAUGCCAGUUAACUUGGACACGGCGCAUGAAAAUCAUUAUAGGCAUUGCUCGUGGACUGAAGUACUUUCAUGCUGAACUUGAUCCACCUUUUACUAUAUCAGAGUUAAAUUCCAGUUCUGUGUAUCUCACAGAGGACUUUUCCCCUAAGUUGGUUGAUUUUGAAAGUUGGAAGAGUAUUCUUGCAAGAUCAGAGAAGAACUCAGGCUCCAUAGGCGGCCAAGGUGCUAUUUGUGUGCUUCCAAAUUCUCUGGAGGGACGCCAUCUCGAUGUCCAAGGGAACAUUUAUGCUUUUGGUGUUCUAUUAUUGGAAAUAAUCAGCGGAAGACCUCCACACUGCAAGGACAAGGGGCGCUUAGUAGAUUGGGCUAAGGACUUCCUCGAACUACCGGAAGCAAUGGCGUAUGUGGUGGAUCCCGAGUUGAAGCAUUUCAGAUUCGAGGACCUCAAUGUUAUAUGUGAAGUGGUAAACCUUUGCAUCCAUCCAGACCCCGCUAAGCAGCCUUCCAUGCAGGAGUUAAGUACCAUUCUAGAGAGCAGAAUUGAUACAACUAUACCUGCCGACUUCAAGGCAUCUUCUUUGGCAUGGGCAGAGCUUGCGCUGUCAUCAUAAUUGAUUUGAAGCCUGACGCUAACACACUGUAAAUCAGAUUAAUACAAUUGUAAUAGUCCUUUCUUUUCUUUUACUUUUUUUUUUUUUCACACUUCAGUUGUCUGAAGUCCUUGUAAAUGUGUUAAAUUGUGUGCGUGCUAAAAGAAACAAAUAGCUUCUUUAUGACAAUAGCGUUAUUGUAUACCAUUGGAUGAGUAAAGUUACGACAAUAGUAAACUUUUUACUUUAAA